ACUUCAGAUUGUCUCUCGCCCGCAGAAUCCUCCAAAGCCUCCGUCACCACACCUUGUUGUGAUUCUGCCUGGAGCAGAUACCUGUCUCCCUCGUCGCCUCGCGCUUUACUUGCUCUUCCUCAACCUUCUUCUCCUAGGUUGCUCCUUCCUCUCCGACGGUCGAUUUUCGCUCAGAAUUUGCCGCUCCCACCAAGACUUUUUUCUUCGCCCCUCCGAUAAUCCACUCGGUCUUUCUAUCACCGCAGUCUCCCCCGCUUUAUCUCAGUCGCUCGAAAGAACCCUUCAUCUCACUCGAAUUUCACAUUCAAAAUGGCCGCUGUCGCUGAAAACCCUCCCCUACCGGUGACCAACGAGAACACCGCACCCACCGAACAGACCGAAAAGGCCAACGGAGAUUCGGUCACGGUGUUCCACGAUGCCGACAACUUCAACGUGAAGCAUCCCCUCAUGCACGACUGGACUCUCUGGUUCACAAAGCCUCCCAGUGGAAAGGGCGACAACUGGAACGAUCUUCUGAAGGAGGUUGUCACGUUCAACUCCGUCGAAGAAUUCUGGGGCAUCUACAACAACAUCACGCCAACCUCCGAACUGGGCCUCAAGGCCGACUACCACCUCUUCAAGAAGGGAAUCCGGCCCGAGUGGGAAGACCCCCAGAACAAGCACGGUGGUAAAUGGUCGUACUCAUUCAAGGACAAGCGCUCCGUCCCGAUCGAUGAGCUGUGGCUUCACGCCCAGCUGGCCGCUAUUGGCGAGACCCUGGAGAACGAUGGCGACAGCGAGGUUAUGGGCGUCGUGGUGAACGUGCGUAAGGGUUUCUACCGUGUUGGUCUGUGGACGCGAACUGUCGGCAAGAGUCUUCCUGGCGACAAGGCCGGUACCCGCACACCCGCUCAGGGCAAGGAGGUCCUGGAGUCGAUCGGUAGACGGUUCAAGGAGGUCCUUCGCCUCAAGGAGAGCGAUGUCGUCGAGUUCUCGGGACACACGGACAGCGCCCACAGCGGCAGCACACGGGCCAAGGCCAAGUACACCGUCUAAAGCGCAUCAUCAGCUCUGCGUCUUUCGAUCAUUUACGAUUUACUCCGGAUACGCUCCGUUCUCUUACCAUGCAUGCGAUGAUAAGGAAUCUUGUGAUGGGCGAGUCACAAACGAGAAAAGUUACAUGAGGGAAAGCAGAUUUGGGCUGGACAUGACUUUGGCCAACAAACUGCGUGAUGAUCAAUCAUAGAAACCGACGGCAUGUAUCUCUCAAUAUGUUAUCUGACGAGGUUUAUACCAAUUUCGAUUCAAGUUCUGUUUCCUUUUCUUUCUGGGGUUCGUUUCAGGUAUUAAAAAAAAAAGAAAAACCGAGGAUGAGAGAUCACCUUUACGAUAUGUUUCAUGCUAUUGCUUAGGACUUUACUGGGUCGCUUUUUUUCCCUUUUUGCUUCUCUCUCUCUCUUCUAUUUCCUUAUUUCUUCAUGUGAUACUUUUAUACAUAGUGAAUAGUUCAACUAAAUCGGAAUAUAUUAUUGGAAACUCGCU